CUUCAAUGACAAUUUCAUAACACAAAAUGCCUUAUCACGUGAUCGCCGACAAGGACAUUAUGUGUUAAUAGGUGAUGGUGAAAAUCAACAUGCGAAAUCUUUUCACCCUAGUGUGACAUUUCAGCUGUCAUUUAUGACAAAGGAAAGUGGUUAUUAAUUUUCACACAUUUUUAUUUUAAUUUUGAAGACCAGAUAAAUCGAGAAUAAGGAGGACAUAUGGAAUGCAAAGGCGUGUUAGCACUCAUCGGCGGCAUUUUGCUGCAUUUGACACUUGGAGCAGUCUACUCGUUUGGAAAUAUGACGGUGUACGUGACGUCAUACCUGAGAUUCAAGACGGUCUCUACAGAAAUGAACUACCACAAAAGCGUGUUUCUGUACGGCAUUACCCAAAUGUGUAUAGACUUAACAGGGUUCCUGGGGGGGAUGGUGGAGAGGAGAUUUGGGGCACGUCUGGCUGCGCUAGUUGGAGGCUGGACAAUGAGUUUGGGCGUUGGCCUCACGUAUUACAGCAUAAAGGGCGGUUUUGGUACCUGUCUGAUAACCUAUGGCAUCGUAAUGGGGCUGGGUGCUGGCAUUGCUUACCCCAUACCCAUGUCCAUUACAAUGAGGUGGUUUCCCAAUCAUCGUGGUUUGGUUGCUGGCAUUGUGUUGGCCGCAUUUGGAGGAGGAGCCGCUGUAUUUGACCAGCUACAGACGUUCUACAUCAACCCAAAUAAUCUGAAGCCAGACAGGGCGGAAUAUUUUCAUAACACCGAAGUGGACUAUUUCAGUCAAGAUGAAGUGUUGGAUAGGGUUCCGCAUUCAUUUCUUUUUCUUGCUGUGGCGUUUGCUGUUCUUCAGGGGCUUGGUACACUGCUGUUGUGCUCCCCAGUGUCAGACAGUGAAAUGUUUGCCGUGGUGCCUACUCUCACUCGCAGCGUGGUGGACAGCUGUACCUACCGGUCCACCAACACCGACUACGAGGCUUCUGGGAGGACAGAUGACAGCACGGACAGCCUUAUGCCUGGACCCAAGUUAUACAGGGUUACACACAGCGGCACUAACCUUAGCUUCCUAGAGGAGAGCGCAGAGACCUUCAAAGUGUCGACCCUGCUCUGUGACCGUUGGUUCUGGGUGCUUUGGUUUAUGUACUUCUUGAAUGGAGAGUGCACCUUGCACGCUAGUCUCUACAAGGUCUAUGGGCAAACGUUCAUAAAAGACGACCAGUUUCUGGCGCUCUGUGGAUCCUUGGCGGCGCUCUUCAACGCGGGAGGCCGGAUUUUCUGGGGCAUUAUCGUGGAUCAGUUCUCAUUCCGGACGACCAUCCUUGUUUUAGAUGUAGCCGUCAUUGCCCUGUCUCUCACCAUGCCAGCUACAGAAUAUGGCGGGAAAUACAUGUUUCUCAUCUGGAACUGUCUCUUGUUUGGCGCGUAUUCUGGCAUUUAUUCCUUGUACCCCGUUGCUAUUGUGCGGGGCUAUGGCGUAGCUGAACUGUCAUUGAAGUAUGGAUUGUUGUUUUCUUCACAGGUUUUAAACGACCCUUUCGCUGCCACGCUUGCUGCAGAAAUAUUCGUCAAUACACCGUGGUACACCCUCUAUGGCACCGUGGCGGGCUGCACGUUUCUGGGCAAGUACUACAUGAGUUUUCUAUUCUGA